ACUCUUCGCACCAUUAAAACUUUCUCUCUCCCGCAACUCAUUUCAAUGGCUGGCACUACCGUCCCCACCGCUGAGCAAGUUCUCGUUCCCGAAACUCUUCUCAAGAAGAGAAAGUCCAACGAAAAGUCCGCUGCUGAAGCCGCUGCCAAGAAGGUCGAGCUCAAGAAGGCUCAACGUGCUAAGCGCAACGUCAUCUUCAAGCGUGCUGACCAGUACGUCCGUGAGUACCGUGCCAAGGAAGCCGAUGAGGUCCGUCUCCGUCGUCAGGCCAAGUCCAACGGUAACUUCUACGUUCCCGCCCAGCCCAAGCUCGUCUUCGUUGUCCGUAUCAAGGGUAUCAACCACAUCGCUCCCAAGCCCCGCAAGGUCCUCCAGUUGCUCCGUCUUCUCCAGAUCAACAACGGUGUCUUCCUCCGUCUCACCCACGCUACCGCUCAGAUGCUUCAAUUGGUCGAGCCCUACGUCGCUUACGGUACCCCUAACUUGAAGACCAUCCGUGAACUCAUCUACAAGCGUGGAUACGGAAAGGUCAACAAGCAGCGCAUCCCUCUCUACGAUAACGCUGUCAUCGAGCAAGUCCUUGGCAAGUACGGUAUCAUCUGCGUUGAGGAUCUCAUCCACGAGAUCACGUGUGUCGGUCCUAACUUUAAAGUGUGCAAUAAUUUUCUUUGGCCCUUCAAGCUCUCCAACCCCAACGGUGGAUUCCAUAAGCGCAAGUUCCUUCACUUCGUUGAGGGUGGCGACACCGGCAAUCGUGAGCACUUCAUCAACAACCUUGUCCAAUCCAUGAACUAAGUUGCUUAGGUGCAGUUGCUAGCAC